AUAAGGGAAAACGGAAAGCUGGUGGACCAGUGAAAAAGACCGAGUAGUUGGAAGACACUCAACAGCAACAUCAAGACAGGCGGUCACACAUUGACGAAGACGAUGGGUUACGGGAACAUCAUGGACGUCGACACAGACGGAGCAUCCCGGGAAACAGCAGCACAAGACAGGCUGCCAUACGACGGUGUUAGCGCGUCGAAGCACAUGGCCGAAACGGAUCUGGCCAGAAUGAACAAGUACAAGGGCAUCAUCCGGAGAGUAGGAGCGCAAAAGGGAAUUGACGCCGCUAUCAUCGCCGGCAUCAUCUCCAGAGAGUGCAGGGCUGGAAAUACACUGCAAAAUGGCUGGGGAGACCAUCACAACGCCUGGGGACUCAUGCAGGUUGAUAAAAGAUAUCACACUCCACGAGGCGCAUGGGACAGCGAGGAACACGUCCGUCAAUGCACCGAUAUCUUGAUCACUUUCAUCAACGAGAUGAGGAACAGGUUCCCUUGCUGGAGUGCAGCGCAGCAUCUCAAAGGCGGGAUUGCGGCCUACAACUGCGGUCCGGAAGGUGUGACGUCGUACGGAGACGUGGAUGGGAGCACCACUGGACGCGACUACUCCAAUGACGUCGUUGCCAGAGCUCAGUGGUACAAAAGCCAAGGAGGUGUGCCGGCGUCCAACGCCAUGGCACAAACGGAUCUGGGCAGGAUGAACAACUACAAGGUCAUCGUCCGGAAAGUAGCAGCGCAAAAGGGAAUGGAUCCCGCCAUCAUCGCUGGCAUCAUCUCCAGGGAGUCCAGGGCUGGAAACGUACUGAGGGGUGGCUGGGGAGACAACGGCAACGCCUGGGGACUCAUGCAGGUCGAUAAGAACUAUCACACCCCACGAGGUGGAUGGGACAGCGAGGAACACCUCAGCCAAGGCACGGAUAUCCUGAUCGGCUUCAUCGAUCAGAUCAAGAACAAGUUCUCCAGCUGGACUGCGGAGCGGCAACUCAAAGGCGGGAUCGCGGCCUACAACACUGGUGUGGGAGGCGUGCAAACCUAUGAAAGGAUGGACGUGGGCACCACCGGAGACGACUACUCCAGUGACGUCGUUGCCAGAGCUCAGUGUUGUUUGGUGGUGACGGUUCGCCCGCUGCGGGAACCGCAAGGACAAGUCGGGAACAUACGAGGGUAUAAAGAAGUAGAGGAGAGCCAUUGGCUUCGCAAAAGGCAGCGUGAACACCGACAAGAAUCAAGUCACAGUUGGACAAGUCACCAUUUCUACAAGAUGUUGAUGUGGCUUAUCCUGUCGUGGUGCGGCUUCAGCAGUAGCGUCGACCUUUCUCGGUUGGUACGCAUUUCUGCAUCCUCAACGGCCGUACCUUCUGCCGCAAGCGGCAUUUAUACCGCUGCGGGCACCAUUGGGGGCAGCACCGCAGGGAGUACCGCAGGGAGUACAGCUGGGACCACUUCAGGGUGCACCGCAGGGAGCACAGAUGCGGCCUACGAUUGCCCAGAGGUCACCUCAGAGACUGCCGGGCCAGUGACCAUGCCGAGAGGAAUGGAAGAGGAGAAAGAUAACGUUUAUGGCAAAAUCUCAAAGGUCGACACAAACGGUGCGUCAGAGAAAACAGCUAGACAGGACAAACUGAAAACCAAAGGUGUGGCAGCAUCCAACACCAUGGCGCAAACAGAUCUGGCCAGACUGAAAAAGUACAAGGAUGUCAUCAAGAAAGUGGGAGGGCAAAAGGGGAUUGAUCCCGUUAUCAUCGCUGCCAUCAUCUCCAGAGAGUCCAGGGCUGGAAAUGUUCUUAAAGAUGGCUGGGGUGACAACGGCAACGCCUGGGGACUCAUGCAGGUUGAUAAAAGGUUCCACAAUCCGCGAGGUGGUUGGGACAGUGAGGAACAUCUCAGCCAAGGCACGGAUAUCCUGAUCGGCUUCAUCGAUCAGAUCAAGAAGAAGUUCCCCAAAUGGACUCCGGAGCAGCAACUCAAAGGCGGGAUAGCGGCCUACAACAUUGGUGCGAGAGGCGUGCAAACGUAUGAGGGGAUGGACGUGGGCACCACCGGAGACGACUACUCCAGUGACGUCGUUGCCAGAGCUCAGUGGUACAAAAGCAAAGGAUGCUUUUAGCGUGAAAAUGAAGCAGUGGAGGAAAACCCUUGUCAACAAACACUGACUAGAAACGACUCCAAGUGCCAGUGUGUUUCCGUCUUGUUCAUCGCCAAGUCCAACAAACUCUGAAAAUGAAUUGUUUUAUUUUCCAUGGGGGCAGGGCGUGUUUACUCCCUUCAGUCUCCUCCUCAGCAUGUAAAAUGCUCUAUAGGGUUGAAGUCGGAAGAUUUACGACGUCGGUCUAAAAUGUGGAUGGGUCGACUUUCCAGCUAAAUGGCCACAUUUAUUGUCAAAGUACAGAUGGUCAGGUUAUUCAAAAUGAGGAUUAAAAAAAGUUAUUAGUAACAAUAAUAGAUAUAAAGUCGACACACUCCUG